GUUGUCAUGGCAAACAGACACUUGUUCCGGGAAAGGCCGUUUGUGAACGCGGUACGGAAUGCAGGCCAUUUCCCACUUUACAUGCCCAACAAUUCUACAUUCCUUGACCCGUGCCAUCCAUGUUGGGAGGCCAUCCAAUCGCGCAUACGACGAACGCCUUUGACGGAUGAAGAUAGCUUGGCAAGCCAUAUUAAGGAAGCCGCGGAGACGAUCACAGCUGCAGAAUGUAUUCGUUGGGUGAGCAAAGCCAAGUCGUAUAUCGAUCGCUGCUUAGCAAAAGAGCAAAUCCAGUAG